AUGGCAUCGCUGGAUGCUCUAGCCGAAGAUUCCGAGAUCAUCGAUUUACUUGCUACACUAUUCAACAACGAAUUCACGCAAGGCGCUGCAGCUGCUGCGGCGUCACAUCCGCACGAACAACCACCCACGACACCCGGUCUACUGCUACCCACCCUUGCAGCCCCGUCAUCCACGCGAAAAUUGUGCAAAGAAGACGGGUGCUUGCGAAAAAACGUGAGCAAGGGCUUCUGUAUACGCCACGGGGGGGGCAAGCGAUGCCAAGUCGAGUCGUGUGACAAAGGGGCCAAACAGAACGGGGUGCGUCGCGGGAGUGCGAGUUGGAAGGCUGUACAAACCAUUCCAAAGCCCGAGGCUUGUGUUGGUCCCAUGGAGGGGGGAGGCCGUGCGCUACCGAAGAUUGCCACCGCACAGCGCUACAAGGGGGGCAUUGCUGGGCUCAUGGUGGAGGUACACAUCAGCUCAAGCAUGACACUGUGCACCAGCGGAUUGCUUCUUUUAAACCAAGCGCACUAG